AUGGAAGAAGGCGAGGCACGGCGGAUCCAGGUGGCAAGAGCGCAUCGCCUGGGCAGGGAACGCGAAGGAGACUCUAGGGGCCGUCCCAUCGUGGCCAAGCUUCUGGACCCCCGGCACAAGACGACGAUCAUGGGUAGAGCCAAAGAACUCAAAGGAACGAAGCUAUCUCUGAGUGACCAGUUUCCCCCGGAGAUCAUGAGGAGGCGAAGGUUACUCCAGCCGGUGUUUGCCGAAGCAAGAUCCGCCGGUAAGAGAGCCAAACUAUCAGUCGAUAAACUUUACAUUGACGGUGUACUCUACCGUAACUCUAAAAUAACUUAUUGGCUCACCGGCGGCGAGCACAACGUGAGCGCUGCCAUACCUGCAGCUACAAACACUGACCCAUAG